CUGCAGCAGGGACUUGUUUUGCUGAGACAAAUGGAAGUAAUUAAUGGUGAUAAUUAUGGUAAUUAAGUGAGCACACGUGGGAAAGGGAGCCGAGACCAACUCGGGAAAAAAACAUGAGGCACGUGGGUGGGUUCCAACUCUAACGCCGUUUUGGUGGGCGGGCCUGCCCGUGGCCCGGUUGGUUGCCCUUUUGUGCGGGUCCGUUUAUGGGCUUUGGAUUUUAGGUGUGUGGGAAAUGGUUCCGGAUCAAACUCACGAGAAUCGUAAAUCUAAUAGUAGGAGAUUUUUUAUGGAUCGAGGAUUGGAUAAAUCGUGCAUUCGAUCAGUUUUGGUCCGAUCGAAAGACUUGCAUCUCCGACGACUCGGAAUGGGACUUCCGUCAAAGCUUUCCUGCCUUGAAGCGAAGGCAAAAUAUUACUCCGGUGCAUUUUUCUUCGGUGUUUGUAAAAUUCGUAUGACCAUGGAUGGAACCAUAUAAUACUCUGUUUCGGUGUCCGAAAGUUGGUUUGGUCUGGUGCAGUCUGAUAUCGAUUGAGCCGUUGCACGAAUUUCCACUCCACCCUUACACCCCACUUAUACACUCGCGCUCGUUUCUUUGCUUUUGAUCCAACUCAUUUUUUAAUUCGAUUAUAUCAUAAACACUUGAUCUCCACGAUUCAUUGUACAUAAUUUUAUUGUGAAUCUUUUAUCUCAAAUGAAAGUCAAUUUACGUAUUUGGAGUUCCCACAAACCCACCACACAUUGUAUUUAUGUCAGCUUUUGAUAUUGUAGCUGACUGGAGGUUCAAACAUAUGCUCACUUGAUCAAAUCAGCUCGAUACCAAGUAAUCAACCGUUGCUCUAUUAGAAGAAGGUUAAUCAUGCAUCUUACACCGCUCUUUAACUAUCACGUCGGAACAAAUAACCACCCCUAAUUGAUAUGAAGGGUUGGGUCCAUCCAAUAAUUUCUUCCCCAGUUCCCCAUAUGACUUGGUUGGCCUAUGUAGCCACCAAAGAUAGUUUGAAUGAAACAAUUAAAUACAAAUAAUUGCCCAUCCAACAAAUAUCGUGUUUCCGUAUUGUUUUGGUUAAUUACUUCAAAAUUUAUUUAUUUAUUUAUUUAUUUAUUUAUGAAAAUGAGAAGUCGCUCUCUUGCUGACAACCAAAUAGAUGGAAUUGGUUGGGUGUCGGUAUACAUGUCCCAAUUCUUCACCAACCAAUCCGAUUCCCUUAGCUUUGUUUGAGAUUAUGUGAAACUCCUCCAUUUUUGUCCCCAUGGUGUAUGUGAUAAUUUUCUCGUUAAUACAACUGAUCUUUUGAUAAAAAAAUCUUGAAUUUGUGUUGUUGUGUAUUUUAUCCUCUUAUAUCAUCAUUGAAUUAACAUCUUGAGAUUAAAUUUCAAAUUGUCCUUAAUUAUUCCGUCAGAUAUUGAAAGAUGAAGAGGCAAAGAUAAUUUAGUUACGUUACAACAUUAGGGUAUAAAGCAUGCAUAAGAAUAAGAUUACGAAGACUUCAUUUUCGCGGGGUUAUAAGUUAUAACGAUGUUCAUGUCCUUAAUAAACAUUAAUUAAAUUACCCCUAUUCUCUCUCGCCUACCCCAGUUGUAACUUGUAAGUGUUUAAAAAAUAUGAUUAUGAUUUGCUUAAAUGAUCAAUACGUUCGAAACGAUUUUGGACUACUGUUUAUCUUCUAUGUAGCAUAUGCUCGUAAUUUACAAUCAUUGCUUUUAAUUAGGGAUGACAAAUUGUUCGUAUGACAAAGAUUUUGCUAUAAACAACUUCCAACAACCAUCAAAUAUAAUUUUCGCUACUAAAUGUUGAUGGAAUUGUAAUAUGACUUAUAAAAUCUGAUUCAUUUGUAGUUUCCAGAACAUCCAUUCACAUCAUCUUCAAACACUGGCAUAUUGAAUUCUUUGAUAAAGUGUGAAAAUUUUCAUAGGAUAUUGAUGUUGAUUAGUUUUUUCCCCCUGAGAUACUAUAUGGAUAGUGAACGAGAAUGCACAAAAGUGGGGGGUUUUUUAGGGAAAAAAAACAUUAAAAAAAUUUAGUGAUAUGGAUGCUCUAAAACAUACUAGGAGUUUAUGCAAUUCUUAAUGCAGUCUUGUGUGCAUCUUAGGAAGUUUGUCAGACUUAUAUCAGGUCUGAUUGUCAGAUUCUGACCCUCGCCUUGAAGCUUGCUCCUAAUCGAUGAUCAAUGGCAAUGUCGACCAAUCUUGGCACGUAUCAUUUCCCCCUCCAAUUGGCUUCUUGGAUCAAAGUGAUGUUUAUCUCUAAGGGUUUUAAUGGUCUUGCUAAUUGGGUGGCUUGGAUUGAGCGAAUGGGAUCACUUCCCUCGCAUUGGUUUAUUAUUGCUGAUCUUAUUUCUCCUUCGCUGUAGGAAUGUACUUGGCUUCGGUUGAUAAGUUAUGGAAUAAAAGCAAAUCUAAUUGUAAAAAAAAAAUACUAGGAGCAUAUUGUUGGCUGGUUUGGACAUGAAUACUUAAAAUAUCAAACUAACAUAAAAAUACUUUUUCGUUGGUUUCACACAAAAAUUAAUCAAUUUGUUUUAUCAGUUCGAUAUUCCUCAUGAAAUCGGUUCGUAGUGAAUUGUGUAUCAUGAAGUUGGGUGAAAAAUUGGUUUAAAGAAAUAAAAAUUAAUAAGUUACAAUAAAAUAAUUAAUAAAAACCGCCUGAAAUAAGUGAUUUAUUUCUGAUUCCUUGUGCUUGUCAACCUUUCAUACGUGGAUUAAAUGGAAUUAAAGCUGGAUUAGGUUUUGGAAAUAGAAUAUUGUUUGUUUGUUUAGUUUCGGUUUGACGCAACGCUUCGUGGUAGAGAGAUAGAGACUAGAGAGAGAGAGAGAGAAAGAAGUGAUAAAGAAAAUGGCGGGUGACUGCCUGACUGGUGAGGUGAGACAAAUGGAAGAAAGACCAAACCAGAAGAAAAAAACAUUUCACAGCAAACAGACACACUCAGAAAACCGGGAAACGAUAGAGAUAGAAAGAGAGAGAGAGUCAGUAGCGAGCCUGUGGAUCGCCUCCCCUCAUUAAACAAGAGCUGUCUCUAAUGCUGCUGUCUCUCUACUACGACUGCAUGAAAUCACAAUCCCACAUUUCUCAAUCACCACUCUUCUCUCCACUCUCUGCCUUUUGCUCUAAGUAAUCGGGACAGAUUCAGGUUUAGCGUGCAGAGAUUUUUUUGCAACCGAACUUCUUCUUCUACCCUUUUGGAUUGUGGCUUGUGGGUUCCCGAGAAAUGAACGAGACUCUGUUCCUUUAACCACAAAGGAGCCUUCUUUCUUGUCUUGUCUAUUCAUUUCCUCUGUUCUUCUGCAACUACUUCUGUUAAUUAAGGGAUUCAGAUUGUUGGAAUUGGUUUGAUUUUCGUUUUCCCCAUCUGGGUUUUUUUUUCCCCCAAUUUUCUUUGUGGGGAGAAAAAAAAAAAUGAAGGAGUUGUUGGAGAAAAGCUUGGAUCCACAGCUAUGGCACGCUUGUGCAGGGAGCAUGGUUCAAAUCCCACCUCUCAACUCGAAAAUAAUCUACUUCCCACAAGGCCACGCGGAGCACUGCCAAUCCCCCGUCGAUUUCCCCUUCUCCUCCGCCGCCGCGGCCUCCAAAAUCUCGGCCUCCAUCCUCUGCCGCGUCGCCGCCGUGAGGUUCCUCGCCGACCCAGAAACCGACGAGGUCUACACCAAGAUGAGCCUCGUCCCUCUUCCCCCCGACGCCGCCGAGCUCGAUUUCGGCGCAGACGAAAUCGAGCUCGGCAGCAAUAGCGGAAUCCAAGAGAAUCCGGCUUCCUUCGCCAAAACCCUGACCCAAUCCGACGCCAACAACGGCGGGGGAUUCUCCGUUCCGCGUUACUGCGCCGAGACAAUUUUCCCCAGGCUGGAUUACUCGGCGGAUCCGCCCGUCCAGACAGUUCUAGCGAAGGACGUCCAUGGCGAGGUUUGGAAGUUCAGGCACAUCUACAGGGGAACUCCCCGGAGGCAUCUGUUGACUACUGGGUGGAGCACGUUCGUGAACCAGAAGAAAUUGGUCGCCGGGGACUCAAUCGUGUUUCUCCGAGCAGAGAACGGCGAUCUCUGCGUCGGUAUUCGCCGCGCCAAGCGAGGAUUUGGUGGGUCGUCCUCGUUUUCCCCACAAUCUGGUUGGGGCAUUAACACAAACACCUACGGGGCAGGUGGGAUGGGGAACAACCCAUACGGCAAUUUUUCUCUGUUUCUCAAGGAGGAUGAGAACAAGGCUGUAAGAAAUGGUGGAAAGGGAUCGUCGUCGCCGGCGGCGGCGGGGAAGGUGAAGCCGGAGGAUGUUUUGGAAGCAGCGAGAUUGGCUGCGAGUGGGCGGCCAUUUGAUGUGUACUAUUACCCUAGAGCUAGUACUCCAGAGUUUUGUGUCAAGGCUUCUUCUGCUAGAGCUGCAAUGAGGAUCCAUUGGUGUCCUGGGAUGAGGUUCAAGAUGCCAUUUGAGACUGAGGAUUCUUCUAGGAUCAGCUGGUUCAUGGCUACUGUGGCUUCUGUUCAGGUUGCUGAUCCCAUCCGCUGGCCGAAUUCGCCAUGACGACUUCUCCAGGUUCUUACCAAACACUUGCAGCAUUGCUAUUGUGUUCCUUAACGUGUCAAAAUUUGGUCUUUUUGAUUGUAUGCUUAGUAUUUCAGCCAUGAAUGGAGCUUGAUUUUAGGUCCCCUUCUUGUGAAGAACACAACUGCUUUGGUUCAAACACCAGUGUUUCUUCGAUUCGGCCGAAAUUAGCUAGAAAUUAGUAUGCAGACACUGAAAAUUCUCCAGCUCAUUUGUUGGUUGACGACAUGUGAGGGUCUAAUCUUAGUAAAUGAUGAUAGUACGA